AUGACCUCAGACUCAGAAAGUGAACAGGUGAAGGAAUUCCAACGGAUCAUCGGCGAGAUGGGCACCAUCAAGCCUCCAGGAGUUUCCGGAUCCAGAAUUAAGAAGUUGAAAGAAAUCUUUCUUGGCAACGUUGAUCAGGAGGAAAGCCUGGUGCCAAAGCUCAUCGGCGGGUGUAAGGAUGUACCAACAACCAAUAAAUUGGGCCCUCUCUAUGUUGUUGAUGCCGUUGUUCGUGGCCUCAUAGAUGAAAUCAGCAAGUCUAGCGGCUCAUCUGUGAAGUAUGUUGAUGUUUCUGCAGAUUCACCACAUGGAACAGCAGCUGCAGCAGUUAAUUCUAUUCGGGGUGCGAUUUUGGAAACUGUGAAAGAUGCAACGGCCAAUUCGAACGAGAAUGUGCGCGAUAAGAUUUUCAAGUUGAUCGAGAUCUGGCGCAACUGCAAGACUUUUGAUGAGAACACGUUGAAGGAGAUGAUUCAGACCAACUUCCCAUCAACUACACCGCCCGGAACUCCACCUGCAGUUGAGAGAAAGGUGAAGUUUGCGGAUGGCAGCUUGAAGGAUGGAGAAAAGACUUCAGAUUCGUCCGAUUCGGGCAAGACAGCAUCGAGUUCGGCAAGCUCUGCAAGCUCAGGGGCAAAGGAUCCGGCAUCCGUUCUUCAGGCAUUGGCUAAUCUUGCAAAAAAGACACCUUCUCCAGCGGCAGGUGCGGAAGCCGAUAAAGGAGCAGUCCGGGGCUCGAACCUGGAACCAGCAGAAAACACCCGGAGACUGGAAAGAAAACAGGAAGGAAGACCGGAAAGACAGAAUGCGGGCGGUGCAGCAUCUUCAAAUGCGUCGUCCUCGGACCCGGAGGCAAUAUUCAAGAUGCUCCAGAACAUGAACAAGAUGGGGGCGGCAGGCGGUGCAAACGGCCGGGUUUCGCAGCAGUAUGGAAGAGGAGGAAACGGGUAUGGUGCAGAUAACAGCAAUAAUAACAGCAGCAACUCGUAUGGCGACCCAAGGCGGGGAGGAAACAUGUAUCGAGAUGACAGAUACAGGGACAGGGAGUACGAGGACAGAGGAAGAGGAGGAAUGUACGAUCGGUACGGGUCGCGGAGAAGAGAGAGAUCACCACAGAGAGGAGGCAUGAUGGGAAAUCCAGAGCCUGCAGAGAUGCAAGGAGAGCAGAAUGUGCCGAGUAACCCGCAUUACCGGAAGCAGCAUGUUUCCGAGGAUUCAAGCCUCCCUCCAGGAUGCAUCGGCGUGUAUUCGCGGACGAUUUUCAUUGGUGGAGUGCCGCACACGAUGGAUCAGGAGCAGCUGGCACAGAUAUUGCGGCCGUAUGCAGAGGUGCAAAGUGUGAUUCUCAACAAUGAGCGGAGACACGCAUUCGUGAAGGUGUAUUCGCGGGCAGAGGCCGAGCAGGUGCUUCAAGCAUUCUCAGUCACGCAUCCUUCGGGUUUGCGUGCCAGAUGGGGAGUAGGCUUUGGUCCAAGAGACUGCUGCGACUACCAGACAGGAGUGUCCACGAUACCGAUUAGUCGACUCACCGAUGCCGAUAAGCGGUGGGUUGUGUCUGCCCAGUGGGGAGGAACAGGUGGAGAACCCCUGAGAGACGGGCUUUUUGUUGAAGAGCCGGACAUCGAAGUUGGCCAUGGUGUUUCUUCCAAGUCCAUCUCCCGGAAGAUGCCCACGAACUCGGCCAGCAACGGGCCAAAGUCUGAUUUGCCCGGUGGACACGGCCGGCGUGAAAAUUACGGCGGCAGGGGCUAUAACCGCAGCUGGAGUGGCUCCCCACAGGGUGGAAUGUCGCCCCAGAUGGCUGCUCCCGGUGGUUAUGGCGAAAGCAGAAUGAACCCAAUGGGCAACAUGAACCCGAUGGGAAACAUGAACUCUAUGAAUUCCAUGAAUUCCAUGAACCCAAUGAACAAUUCCGCUCCUCCUCCUCCACCUCCUGGCCAGGCUGGAGCUGGAAACCAGUCCCAGGCCCAGAUGAUGGCCACAAUGAUGGCUGCAAUGCAGCAGAUGCAGCAGCAGGGAAACGGCCAGGUCGACAUGGCCCAGAUGCUGCAGAACAUGGCGCAGAUGAUGCGUCAGAACCAGCAUUGA